AUGGUGAUCGGGCGUGUUAACCGAGACUGGUUUUAUAAACUAGCAUCUGAUCUCGAGGAUGAAAGGGUCUCGUCAGCUGUAGCGCUGAUAAAGGACCUGGCAGCGCUAGAAUUGCCUCGAGAUGCUGAAGAAUGGUCGUAUGUCCUCAAGAGGCUGGUAGGAGGUCUUGCCUCCGGCAGGAAUAGCGCACGACUAGGCUUUUCACUGUGUCUUACCGAGGUCAUCAAUUUGGCCUUAAGCAUCGAAGAUGAGGCUGCCAAACCUCAAGAAUUGGCUACCAUUACCAAGUUUUUUGACGUUCUCUCGGAACACCUUGCGAUCGAUGGCAGUGCGACUGGUGAGAACGCCAGUGGGAAAGUCUUGAAGGGGAAAGAUGAGCGUGGUUUGCUAUUCGGUAAAAUGUUUGCAUUACAGGCUUUGCUAAAUGAGCCUGUUUUCAGCCAGAUAUUUAUUGAAGAUGGUAGAGUGUCCGGGUUUGCCAUACGGUUCAUUGAUGAGUUGGCACAGUUGGCAACCUUGAAAGCUUGGUUGAGAGAGCCAUGUCUGUUCACACUAUUUGGGACGAUCGAAAAACUUCUGCCCUUUAUGAAUUCCAACGGCAUCAGAAGUAUUCUGCAGUUAUUCGACAAGUAUCAAUUGACCCUCACUAACGAAGGUUUGGCAAUUUAUCUUUCUCUCUUAAAGAAUGCCCCAAAUGAAACGGCAAGUGCCUGUUCUGAUUUGAAACUGAACUCAAAAUGCUGGAAGGCAAAUGAUCCCCUAGCAAGGGGAAAUCUUCCUUUGCUGUCUCAAGUUCUUCGAAACUCAGGUGCGUCCCAAGAAGCCCCAGAUUCGCCCACCACGAAGAACACCAAUUGGAAUCCGAGAUUACAUUUCAUUUGGGAUAUCCUGCUGCCUAUUAUAGCAAGUCCUGCAGCUAUCGAUGAACCUGCUUCUGAUAGACCACCCUCAAAAAAGAGGAGAAAGGAGAAGAGUUCAGUUGUUGAAUUCCCUGAAUUUUGGAAAGCUGCAGUUGACGAAACUUUUUUCAACGAUAAAGCUUCAAGUGAAAGGAAAUAUUUGGGAUUCCUCAUUUUUGAGAAGACUCUUGAUUUCGUAUCCCCAAGUUGGCUACAUUGUUGUUUCAGUCAAAAUUUUAUGAGAUGUUUAAUAAAUCAAUCUAGUAACUCUAAGAGAUUGUUGUACAAGAUGUCACAAAACUCUUUACGCAAAGUUGUCAAUAUAUGUGGAGAUAAUCCUUCUGAAAAACUGAUACCAUGCUUAGAAUCGAUAUUGUUCGGUUCAAAUGGUUCCAUAAACUUUGAUAAAUUAACCAAGUCCAAAACUGUAUCAAAACUAAUUUCUCUUAACAACAUAACGGGAAACUGUUUGUCAAGUUUAUUUGAGUGUUUGGCUUCUCAACUAAGCGAUAUUUCAAAGAUGCAAAAAAAUGAAGUACAGUUCUCGUUGGAUACUCUAUUACAUAUCAUACGAUCUCAUAAGUCCAAAAUUAACGAUCAACUCUCACUAAAACCUUUAUUAAAGCCGAUUGUUAUGUGUGGCUUUUUCCUGAAAGGUAAUGAGUAUAUCAAUAGAAUUGCAAGAGAUAGGCUAUAUUCAGUACUAUCUGAAUUGACCACCGUUGAGAACAAAGGUCAUUCCUGGCAAUUUCAAGCGCUCGAAAUUAUACUAGAGGAGGAAUCUUCAAAAAGAGAACUGGCCAAUCCAUUAGAUGAAAGCCUUCUUGCUAUAAAAAAUGACUCAUUAGUAGUUUUAAAAAAGGUGUCAAAUGAUCUGGCUAAUCCCCAAUCUCGUGGUUUAGAAUGUCUUCUUUCCAUGUGUAUCCUCGAGAUGUACGCUGGUGAGUCAGAAUCCAUAUCCAUAAUUGAAGAACUAUGUGCAUUCUACAAUGAAUUGCAAAUCGAAAAAUCAACUUCUCUAGUUGGAUUAACAGAAAUAUUGCUAUCUUUGCUAGCACAGAGAAAAUCUUUGUUUAGAAAAUUGAGUUUACUUGUUUGGCAGCAAUUUAUCAAUGUUGUCGGUGAAGACGAACUUAAGGUCUUGUUAGAUGUUUUGAGUGCUAGAGAGAACAAAAAAGGAUUCUCACAAUUGUUUGAAGAUACUGAUGAGCAGGACGAGGACGAUGCUGAAGCUGAAGAAAGUCAAAUGGAAGACGAAGACAGAGGUGAAGCUGAUCUCGAAGAAAAUGAUCGCUCAGACGAGGAAUUGUCUGCGUCGGACAGUGACAGUGACAGCGGUGAAUCUAACGAUGAAGGGGACGAUGAUGUUGCUGAAAUAGAUAAAGAGGCAACAAGUGCGUUAGCUAAAGCUUUGAAUAUCCCUGAAAAUAUGCUUAAUGAUAAAGGGGAGGUUGACUUCAAUCAAAUGGAUGACGAAUCAGGUGAUGACAGUGAUGAAGAUGAAAUAGAGUCCAUGGAUGAUGAGAUGAUGAUGCAGUUAGAUGGGCAGUUAUCAGAAAUUUUUAAGCGCAGAAAAGAAGCGCUUACAAGCGUUAACACGGGGAAUGACAGAAAAAUUGAGGCAAAAGAAUCUCGUGAAGAUGUCAUAACUUUCAAGAACAGAAUUAUCGACAUGUUGGAAAUCUAUAUUAAAAAUGUGGAAAAGAGAAUUCCAAGUAACGAUUCUACUCCCGCAGCUCUAAACAAUCUAUUGCUUUUUAUCGAACCAAUGAUCAAUUGUAUUCGUGAAACCGUUGACCAGCCAUUGGCACUAAGAAUUUCAAAAUUACUUAAGACACGAAUUUACAAGAUAAAACCAUCGGAAUUUCAGCCAGCUAUUGAAGACUCCAAGAAAUUGUACAUGAUGUUGGAGGCUACACAUCUAAGACUGCUCGCAGUGAAGAACGGCUUGCACAAAGUUAUUUACCACUCAGUCUGUGCCACAACAUCGCUAUUCUUGGCGAAGAUUUUAAUUGGUACGAGAAAUGACGAACAGCCCGGAGAAGUGUGUGAUAAGAUAAUCGAUCUCUACACCACGACAUUGAAGCAAUGGAAGAAUCACGGUAAAUUCGGUCCAAAUUUAUUUAUAGACUUAGUGAACUGGCUUGCCUCAAGAAAGUGA